AGUAAUUUGAAGGAGCUAGGGCGAGAAUGCUGUGUAGUUGUCACGAAUAUAGCUGCGUGAGGCAGCAGUUAUUGCGUGACGGUUAUGUUGUCCUCGAGAGUUUUUUCCAGAGCGUUGAAUUGCAAAAAAUCCAGUUUGAAGCCGAGUUGGUGCUCGAAGCCAGCGGCGCUUACGAUGACGUCGAUUCAGCGUGUGAGGAAGAGGAAGAAGAGGAAGAAGGAGAGGAAGAAGAGGAAAGAGCAUACUCGCUUGGUGUUAGUGAUGCGGUGGCCAAGAGCAGGGGCUGCGUUUUCGAGGUGACACGGCCGUACGGAAAAACCAGCUACAGCCCAAGAAUCGCCGAAGCCGAGGCCACUACUGUUGCUGCUGUUGCCACUACUACUGCAUCACUGCCAGGGCUGGGUGCUACUACCGCUGGCCAACCGCCGCCCCAGCAGCAGCAGCAGCAGCCGCAGCUACUGCGAGCACCAUCGUCGUGUACAGGCAUGGCGGCCGUGCCGGUCGCAUCGGGACGCAGCCUCGCCGCCGUCCAGCUCGGGGAUCUCGGCUUGCUAGCUUGCCCCCGACUGCACUGCCUGGCGCGGUCGGCUCUCGGCUGCCCACCCUGCCCGCCCGGGAACCCCCUCGUUCAGGGGCAGCAACGUUAUGACAGCUGCCUGCAGGCCGCCGCCGCCGCCACCGCAGCUGCUGCUGCUGCCGCUGCGGCCUCUAACAACAACCCUCAAGGGCGGGCCACUGCUGCCUGCUGCGACACUGUCAGCAUGUUUAAUUGUAGUAGCAGAAAGGACAUAAACUGCGACAACGGUGCCGGCAACGGUUGCGUGAAGACCACUUCCGACCGGGGUGCAGGCGUGGAUGCAAGCGCCGGCGCCCCCGCUGAUGGAACCGUCACCAUUGGGAAGGUCGGAAGCGCAGGCACCAGCAGCGGUGUUGGCGGUGUGAUGGCGCCGCCGUCAGCACCGGUGCCAUCAGCGGCAACUGCUGCUGCCCCAGCCGACGGGUUCAGAGGCAGUGUUGGGCCGUACCUGUUCAACGAGCAGUUCGUCCUCAAGCCCGCUCGGGGGGGUGCCGCAGCUGCAUUCGGCUGGCACCGGGAUUCGAACUGGUGCCGGGGCCGCUCGGAGUUCGAGUACAGCCCCUACGUGUCGACCCUCGAGGAGCCUGCGACAGCGCUGGGUUUGUGGGUGGUCUUCUUGGACACUCUGCUACACGCCAGCGGCCCCAACACCUCCCUGCACACCAGACGCGCCUGGAUGCCCCAGUUCAGUGCACUGCCCAUCCGCCGCACAGCCGAUCAGCGACCAGUGGCGCUGGCGGUGCCGCUGGCAGCGCUCAGCACGGCGCUCGAUAUCAAUAGGGCGCCCACUGCACAUGCCCCCGCCGCAGCAUCCCCAGCCAGAACGUACGGCGCCGGAUGGCCGUACAGCAAUAGCUGCCACCACACGCGCGCCGCGAUCAUGCUCGCCCCGUCAUCGUACACCUGCCGGGUACAGCAGGCCCCUCCCGCGGCAGUGGCUGUCCCUGGUCCACACACGGGAGCCGCUGUGGCUACAUUAGCAUGUCCAACUGCCACGGGGCCUUAUGCUGUGCUGCCGGGUAACCUAUUGGCUACGGGGGCCACAUUACCGCCACCGUCAUCGUUACCAAUGCAGUCGCCGCAGCCACAGGCAGCCCAGUCGGCGCAGCUGGGAACGCCGCCGUCUGCACAACAUGCGAUGGCUGAGCGCGCCUCCGCUAGCCCGCCCUUCGCAUCGCCAUCCUGGGCGACGACAUCCGCGCGGCUUCAGAUUGCCGGCAACCAGCAGCAGGCGGACGAUUCGCUCUCUUUCUUCGACGGCUUCGGAGAGGAAAGCGAGGGUGCCGGUGAUGCUAAGCUGCUGGGGGCCUUCCCGGCAACGUCUGCUGGUCGCCAUUCGGAAGCGCAGAGUGAAGGGAAAGGGGCGGAGUUGCACCGCAAUGCUGGGCAGGCGGCAGGUUCAACGGUGGCGGUUCCAUCUUAUUCCUUUCCCUCGACCCAGCCACCGACCGCGGCGGACCAAGAAUCGGAUGCUGCCGAUAACGAGCUGAUGGCAACACGGGAGGUGUCUUUCUCAGUGACGCCCUUUUUUACAUCGGCGUCGACUGGAGCGACGAGCGCGUGGGGCGUGGCUGCGGCGGGCGCGGCUGGCAGUGAGCCCGCCGACGCGGCGGCAGGCCCCGACCCCUUGGCGCCCCUGCCCCCUCCACCUCUGCCUUCGCUGUUGCCGCCGACUCGCAAGCUGUCUGUUGGGUUCAUCCUGCCCGAAGACCCAGCUGUUGCUUCACCAGGCGAGGAGGGCGACAAGCAACACAAGGCCUUCCCAGACAUGUCGUACGCGGCUCCGGGCAGUGUUGCAGAUGCUGCGUGUGCAUCGGCGGCCGGCGGCGGCGGUGGUGGUGGUGGUGGUGGCUCACAUGUGGAGGCGGAACCCCUAGGAGGUGAUGGGGCCGGUGAACCCCACUCCCUUACUUUCACCAGCGCCGCCGGCCUAGGGUUGUUGCCGACGAGCCAGGUGCUCCUGAUGCCGCCGCCACCGCAAGGGAUGGUUGCGCCGUCGGCAGAGGAGAGCCUGCCAUUAGACUUUCCGCCAUCUGUUGGGCCGCUGCCGCCUCCGCCGGGGCUGUCGGGCUCGGGCAAUAGCGUGCUGUCCAGGACACCGUCGCAACGCCACCGGCUGAGCGUCUCCAGCUCCUUCCGGGACCGUGACCCAGAUCCCGAACGCUUUAGCGAUGCUGACUUUGCGACGGCACUUGUGGCGGGGGAUAUGGCGGCACCUGUGGCGGGGGCCCUGAGCAAUCCGGAGAUGGCAGGUGGCCAAGCGGGGCAGCCUCAUGCGGCGGCGGCACCGUCAGAGGCCAGCGUCGACGCGGGCCUUGCGGGCGGUGACGACGAUAGCGGCGGCUAUGGAGCAGCAGCUGUGGAGGGCAUGGGCUAUUGCGAUGCGUUAAACCCGGGGAUAUUGGCGGCCGCCAACACCGCAGCAGCGGUUCAGUCGCCGCCGCCAUCGUCGCGUGGGGAGCAACAACAGCAGCAGCAAGAGCAGGCCAGCGGCUGCGAUGUCGGGAUGCCGUCCUCCAGCGCCAUGUCAGUGCAGGAGCGCGGCGACUUGGGAAGUGCUGCCACCGCGACGCCUUGUCCUUCCUCGACCCCUGGGCCGGUGUCCGCGGCGGUGCCGGUGUCAGGCGGCAGCCCCGUAGUGGCAUUCCACAGCGGCCAGGAGAGCGCGGAGGGGGACCUCGUGACGGAUAUGUCCACGCCAGGCUCCUUUGACGCGGCUACCGAGUUGUUGUCGGAAGCGGAUUUCGCGCAGAUGCCAAUGGGGCAGACGGAGGGAGGUUCUGGCGGUGUGGCAGGCGCCGCCCUCAGGGCCCGUCCGGGCAUGUCACGGCUGUACCGCACAUCCAUCGCGUCUUCUGAAACAGCGACUCCGUCGGAACUCGCCGCCUUCGACGAUGCAUUCGACGAGCUCAUGGCCGACUCCUUCGACACCGAACCAGAGCCUGGUGCGCUGGCGACGGGCGAUGCUGACGAUAUCUUUGCGUCUAUCGCCGCCGCCGAGCCUGCCGUCGCAGCUGAAGCUGAAGGUAACCUGGCCGGCGCAGCGGCGGCAGCCGUUGGGCUCCAGGGACAGCAGCUGCAGACGCCGGGACAGUACACAAUCGUCCGCGGCAGCCGCAGUAACCUGUCACACCUCUUCGAGCCGCCACAGGUGGCAGCCGUGGCGGCUGCCGGCACGGCUGCAGUUAUCAGCCCACCGGCAGCGGCGGUCGCUAGGAACCCCGCGCCUGUUAGCACAUAUCAGGAAGUUGUGGGGGAUGUUUCGGCUUUGUUUGGGAGCAGCGGAGGCCAGGAUGAGGACGACGUAUUUGGGGUAGCGGCUGCAGAUGAAACCUUUAGCGGCACUGGCGUCGGCAGUGGCGAAGCUGUUGCUACUGCGACAGCGGCAGCGACAGCGGGUGGUGCGCAGGACCGUUACCCUUUCCAAGUGCCCGCUGCCGGGGAAAUUGCCGAGUGGACGCAACCACGCGGGCAAUGGCAGCAGCCCGCCAUACCGGCGGUGCAGCAACCGCAAUGGCUGCCGCAGCAGCAACACCAGCCGCAGUGGCAGUACGGCAGUAAAACCCAUCAUGCAGGUGCCACAGACGUGGACGUGGGAGCAUCGUUCUUUGACUCGCUGGGUGCAGCAGAGCUUCCGGCGGCAGCUGCGGCAGCGGUGGCCGCACCCAUGGCCGCCACCGCUACUGCUGCCGCCUCGGCGGCCGGCGCCCCACGCACCCAUGGGGAGCCUGGCCCAGGGGCCACUGCGACCGCCCCUUCGGGCGAGGCGUUUGCACCACAGCCGUUGCAAAGUGUGCCAGCCGAUGACGCGGCCUCCUUCUUCGACUCCCUGGAUGACGGUGAUGAAGAACGUGAGCCGCCCCAGCGCCCGCAACCUGCUGAUACUGGUCCGCAUGUUAAACAUUAUUUGGGACAGGGAUCUUUGCCGCAAAUGCAGCCCCAGCAGCAGGGUCUAGCGGAGCGGCAUGCCGGGCAACAUGCCAUCGCCCAGCCGAUCGCGUUCUCGCUGGAUUUGGGCGCCACACGUGCCGCAGGUUUUGGCGGUGUUUUGUCUGCCACGCAGGAUGACGGCACGAGCUUCUUUGACACGCCGCGGCCCCAGGGGGUCAAUGGAGCGCCAGAGGGAGCACUUGUCGUAGGGGGAGGAGCAGAUUCGAUGACGGCGGCGAUAGCAGGCUUGCCAGCGCCGUUCUUCUCACCCUUGGAACAGCUGCCGCCCUCGCAGCAGCAGCAGCAGCAGCAACGGCUGGAGCCUCUGCAGCAGCUGGCCUCGCGACCACCGCAGCUGCCACAACAGCAAGAAUCUCAUCAUCAUCAGCAGCAGCAGCCGGAGACUCAGCAGGCCGCCCAGUUUAACAGUGUCAGCCACUCCACUGCACUCAGACCGCUGCAGCAGCAGCAGCAGCAGCUACCGCCACCACCACUUCCUGUCGCACAACAGAGCCCCCAGGGGGCCUCGACAGGGGACCUAGACGGUAGUGACUUUUUUGACAACCUGCCGGACACUUUCGGAGGCGACGGAGGGAUCAGUGACAGUGCCCAACACCAGCAGCACCAGCAACCACCACAGGAGCUGGCAGCGCCCGCCGGUGCUGCCACCACUCCUGGAGGCGUUACAGCCGUUACAGCGGCUCCUACUGACCAGGUCAACGAUGUCGCAGCGCCGCACGGACACAGCGCCGCGCAGGAACUUGCCUCGGCCGGCCCUGCGGGCGGUCAACAACAGCCGCCGUACUUCCAACAGCCAGGUUACCGAGCGCACGAACACCAGGAGCACACAGCUUACAACCAGUCCGCGUCCGCGUUUGGAUUGCCCGCGGCACCGCGGCAGCAGCAGCCUGCAUACGAACAAUUACCUGGGUCGUCCAAUGGGCGGGCGUACGGGCAGCCGCAUGCGUCAGCUCUGCAAACGUACGGCGUGGAGUCGCUAGCACAGGACCAGGCCCGCGAAACCCAAGCACAGGCUGCAGGCGAGGCCUCACGCACGUUUGGGUGUCCGACGCCCGGUGACACUGCGUCGGUAGCUGCUGGCCCGGGGCCAGGUGCUGCAGCCGCCGCCGUGCCUGGCGGUUCUGCUCCGCACGAGGCCCCGUCGGUAUUAACGGACAGCAGCAGACAGGCACAUGUCCUACACGACCUUGCUGCCAGCCCGAACCCGCAGCCGUCCUCGUCACAUGCAAUUGCAACUGCGGCUGUGGCUGUGGCUGGCGAUACUGCGUACUUUGCAGCUGGGGACCCAAUCAGGCAUGCAUUCGGAUAUGGGCAGGCGCAGCAGACUCAGCGGUUGCAGGAAGGUCAGGAUAGUGAGCAGAGGCUAUGGUCGCAGGAACAGGGCCGGCAGCAUGGGCAAGCGCAGGGGCAGGAUGGCCAGGCGGCAGUGCAUCAGAGGCAAGCUACGGGUGCUGAGUGGCCCGCAGUGGCGGAUGAGCAGGGGGCGCUUACAGACGGAACUGUGGCGACCCAGCUUAACAGGGGGCGACAUGUAGAACCGCAACCGCAAGGGCAGCUGCCGGACCAGGGGCAGGAGCCGCAGAAGCGUAUGACGGAAGUCGCGGGGGGGGCAACGGCAGCCGAGGGGCCAGGUGACGUGGGCGCGGCGGCCGGGGCGAUUGUCGUGAUGAGUGCGGAAGAGCCGAAAGCCCAGCACCAGCCAUCAUCAUCGCAGGAGCCAAACACGCAGCAGCAGCAGCAGCAGCAGGAUCACCCGCAUUACGCGCAACAGUAUCAGUACCAUCAACAGCAGUAUCCACAGCAGCCCGCUGUUGCAUGGUCCAACUUCACGAGCCCUGCUUCGUACAGCGCGCAGCAGUCGCCGCCGCCGCAGCAUCCUGCCGCUCAACAGCAGCAGCCCAUGUAUGGCCAACAAGUCACGUUGCCGUAUACCAGCGGGGGCCCGUACGGCGGCUCUGCCUCCGCGUCAGCCUCGUCGUUCGGUCAUCAGCAGCUCGAUUAUGACGUAACACAAUUUGCGCAGCCGUACGGUCAGCCGCACGGCGGUGGAUCCCAGUCGGCAGCGGCAUAUGGGGGCUACGGCCAGCAGAACGCAGCGCAGAUGUUUGCCCCAGGAACGUACGCCGGUGGCAUGUACGGCCAGCAGCAGUACGGCAUGCAGCAAGCCAACGUCAAUUACUUGCCUACGACCCCCGAAUUGGCUCGCACAUGCCCCCACGGCCGACCCACCCACGUAGUAUUCGCCUUUGGCUUUGGCGGCCGAGCGGUGCUGAUGCGGCCGCCCGCGUCAGGCACGGACACAGGCACCAUGGCGGUGUUUGGCGGCCCGGGUCCCCUACAGCUGCUGCCGCUAGCGGCCCUCACCCAAACGCACCUGGCAGGGGGGAACCCCCGACAGCCGCCGUCGCAGCAGCAGCCUUCCUCUACCUCAGGCUCGAGCGGAGGCCCCACCAAGGCCGACAAGCGGAUACCCCGCGGAGGGCAGGCUGCCGCUUCCACGCCCGUGCUGGAGCCGUUGCUGCGACAGCUGGCGGCUUUCCCUGGGCCCUUGGGUCCCGCAACAAGCAAGGACAAGGUGCUUAAGUGGCUGAGUGACCACGCAGCAGCGUGUGGCGCCGACGACGCGCCCUGGGAGCAGCAGACCAACGCGGGCGACGCAGGGGGCCCCACAGCUGCGGCGGCAGCAGCUACAGCGGCUCAGAGGCAGUUGCUGUGGGAGGUGCUGCAGCUGAUGGUGAAGCACUCGGAGGCCGGGAAGACCAAGCAGGCCAGAGGGUGGCUUAUGGGGCAGAGCAAAGAGGACCAGUCCAUGGAGUCCGACUUGGUGAAGCUGCUGCUGAAGCGGCGACACAACCCCCCGCGUCACCACCAUAGCCAGCACCACAACCAGCAGCAGCAGCAGAACACCUCCACGGCCAGCGGCCUCGCGGCCGCGGCUGGCGGGUUCUUCCAGUCCGCUGCAGCCGCCGCAGCUGCAGCCGCGGCGGCUGCCACUGGCGCUGCCAGCAGCAGCACAGCCGGCGGCAACGCCACCACUGCCGUCAGCGGCGAUCAGGGACAUAAUGAACACCAAGCCGAUGGCGAUGACGCCGUCGACGACGAUGAUGCUCUGGAUGGCAACCACGCGAUGGGAGGUCCGCCCGUGUUGGCUGCCGGCCCAUCUGAGGCGUUGCAGCAAGCAGCCGCCAAGCGCAUGCAGCGGCUGCUGGUAUUGGGCAGGAAGGCCGACGCGCUCAAGGUGGCGACGGAGGCCGGUUUGUGGGGUCCUGCGCUGCUGCUGGCUACUGCUGUCAGCCCCGACGGUCGUGCCUUCCAAGAGGCAGUUGUAGCCAUGUCGCAGUCGCUGCUACUGCCGGGCACGCCCGCGCGCACGCUGGCACUGGUGCUGGCUGGCCGACCGGAUCUGGUGCACGCGACACCCGAUGACGCAGCGGACGCUGCGGUACCUGCGGCGGCGGCGGUGAUGACGGCGACGGGUCCAAGCCCGACCCGGUCUGUUAGCAGCGGCGGCGUUUCGCUGACAUCGCCGUCGUUUGGCGCCGCUGCCCCUUCGCCAGCACCUCAGAUGCCGCCGGCGGGCUUCUACAACCCAAUGGCGGCUGUCGCCUCCACCAGUGGCGAUGGCGCGGGUAAAGCCCACAGCGGCGGCGGCAGUGCUGCAGCAGUCGCCGCCGCUGCUGACGGCGGUGGCGGCGGCAUGCUGGCAGCAUGGAGGGAGCAUUUGGUGGUUUUGUUAACCACUCGGGGGCCCGUGGACUGCUCGGAGGCUGUCGUACGGCUGGGCGAUAGGCUGCGAACGGAGGCCUCUCAGGUGCUGCCCGCGCAUGUUUGCUACUGCCUGUCCAACUGCCCACCAUCGUUGCCAGACACCGUAGACUUCCGCUACAGCCUCCUCGGUGCCACUACAGCCGCUGUGCUGCAGCACCCGCUGGCUGACGGUGCGCUGGCGCUACAGCGUACCGAGGUCCUGGAAUGGCUGCUGCUGCGCCAGGCCGCGGCGGCUGCUGGCGGAGCCGGUGGAAGCGUCAGCACCGCCGCCGCCGCGAGCGCCACGGCGGCAUCUAUUGCGGCCGCCGCCGAUGCAUUGCUGCUGCAGAUGUGGGCGCUGCUGCCGUUUAAGCUAAUACAUGCCUGGGAGCUGGUCGAGUACGGCAAGAUCUCUGAAGCGCUGCAGUACUGUGCGGCGGUGGAGUCUGUACUGCGAGCCGGUGGUGUGGCGAUGUCGCCAGGACAGGGCCAGCCAGCCCAGCCGGCAGCCCCCACAGCGGCGGGUCGCCUCCCUGCCGGCGCUUGGCUGAAUACCACCGAAACGCAGUUGCGGCGGCUGCAGGACCGGCUAAUGCAUUUUGCGCAGGCCAACUCGAUCAACUUGCAAAGCCGGACUGAGUCCACGAUCACAAAGGUGGGCCGCUUUCUGGACGGCACCAUUAACAAGCUGCUGUGGGGCGGAGAGCAAAUCGACGCCGGCGCCCAGGCCAGCGCCACUGCCGCGGUCGCAGGAGCCAGCACACCGGCCAGUGGCGCAGCUGGCGGCACAGACGGUGCCGCCGCCACGGCCGCGAGGCCGACGGGGCCGCAGGUCGUCCUUGGCGGUCCGUCCGUCCGACCGACGGACAUGGGUCCUGUGUCACCGUGGCUGCUCGACCUUCAUCCGCAUCCGCACGUGCCGGGGUCCUCCGGAGCACCGGGGAUGCAGCCGAUCGAGCCCGGGUAUCAAAACACGACCGGCGGUGGCAGCGUGGGUGCGAACGGUGGUCGGAUGCAGCAUUCGGCUUCCACCGCGGCGCUGGCGGCUGCUGCCGAUGGCGUUGUGGGCACCUCCUGGCUUCCGGGCAACACCUCCGCCGGCCCUGUGACGGCGCCGGUGGCGUCCGCGUCGGUGGUGCAGCAGCAGCCGCCACGAACGUCUUUUUCGGGUACGGUAGUGCCACCUGCUCCCAGGUCAGUUCCCGGCGGCUCUCUGCUGCCCGGAUACGGCUUCGACGCAGGUGUCGGUGGCGGCUUCGGAGCCAACGGGGCCGGGUCUGGGUCUACGGCUAGCGGCAUCGGGGGUAGCGUCAGUACGCCGGGCGUGGAGGAUCCCCGGUCGCAGCCCCUGCAACAGCAGCAGCAGCAGCCGCAGCCUUUGGGCCACCGCCGCAUCGUCAGUGCCAUGGAUCUGCCCCCGCAGGGGCUAAUACAGUCGCCUUCAAUGUCGGUACCGGCUCGCGGUGUUCCGGCGGAAGGCUCCACUGCGGUGCCAGGUGGCGGGGGCGGCGGCGGCGACCAGGGCAAAGGUGGCGGCAAGGGCGGUGGCGGCAAGCAAGGCUCCCCUCCCACCAGGGCCGUUAGCAGCAGCGGCAGCAGUAGGUGGCUGAUCAACCCGCUCAAGUUGCUCGGUGGCCGCAAGGGCGGCGGCGGCGGCGGCGGGGGGACCGGUCCCAAGCAAGGCAGCCUGGGCGAGGAAAACCAGUUCUACUACGACGAGACACGGAAGCGCUGGGUGAUGCGCGGACAGGAGGACGCGGUGGUGGAAGAAGACAAGCCCCCAGAGCCGCCCAAGAUGCUCGGGGGCGGCUGGGCGGCCGCUGCUGCCGCCGCUGCUGUGGCGACUGGGGUGGAGAGCACUGCCUUUCCCGGUGCCCAGGGUGGUAUGCAAAGCUCGAGUCAGUCCCCGCUCACCACUCCGCCAAGCAGCGCCAAGGGAGGUCCCCCCGGUGACCUGGGGUCCUCUGCGGGGCCGGGGAGUGCGGGUGGGCCGCCAAGUGCCUCCAGCUCGCUUGCCUCUACCGCCACGCCUCCGAUGACGUCGCAGUAUUUCCAGGCUCCUCUGCGGGACUGUCGCCGUCGGGGCAAGGGAAUCCACGCCAGGUACGUCAAUACCUUUGGAGCCGGACCCGGUGGAGGGGGAAGCGCUGGUGGCGUCGGUGGCUCGUUUGCGGGAGCCGCCUCUGGCUCCGUGCCGCAGUCGCCAGCCACCGCGUCGCCACCGUCUUCGUUCUUCAUCCCGCCGCCGCCACAGCCGCUGCAGCCCGGGGAAGCGGAUGUGUAUGCAGCUGUAGGCGGCAGCACUGGCAGCCUGUAUGGAACAGCGCCCGAGCAGCCGCAGCAGCAGCAGCCCCAGCAGGCGUUGCAGCAGCAGCAGUUCCACCCACUGCCUCUGGCGAAAGCGCCAACGGAUCAUCAACACCAACAGGAGCAGCAACAACAAGAACACCAGCAACAGCCGCUCGCGGAUCAAGGCCAGGAUCAGGCAGCCAUCACGGCAGCAUGGGCACGAGCUCCGCCUCAGUCGUCGUACCCUGGGCAGCAGAUGCAGCUCAUCGCCUCUAGUCAGCAACAGCAGCAGCAGCAGCUGCAGCAGCCGCCACCGGCGUCCCACCUCUCUUCCUUAGGCGUCCCUGCCGUCGAUGGCAGCUACAGCUUCGGCAUCAGCGGGGGUGCGCCCCCGGGUGCAUCAGCGGCAAGCACAGGCGUCGUCAUGGCGACCCAAUUCCGCGCGGUUCAGGGCCAAGAUGGCGGCAGCGACAACGCUUCCUUCCGUGUGUCGCAUAGCGUGUCGUACGGCGUCAGCACAGGACAGUCGGACCAGGCCCCUCAGUCGCAUUCACCUGUGCCGCUGCAGAGCUACACUGCCUGGGGACCCGAUCAGCAGCCAUGGCUUCAUUCGCAACCGCAGCAGAUGCAACAGCCACAGGCCCACUGCUCCCAGCGGCACCCCGUUUAUCCAGCUUCAAAUCAAGCAACCUUUGGGUCAUACAGCACGGGUUCUCCGCAACCGGGUAAUCAGCAAACGAAUAUGCAGGCGUUCAGGGCGCCAAGCCCAAGCACGAUGCAGCAGCAACCGUCACAGCAGCCACAACAGCAGCCGCAGCAGGUAAAUACGGAGCAGACGAAACAUCCGGUUUCUCGCGGCUUGCGGGGCGCCUCAGCGGGCGGCGUGUCCCAGGUCCAACAGUCGGCAGGAACGGGGCAGGCGGCGGCCGCUGUUGUGGACGAUCUUCUUGGGUACGGCAGCGUUGGGUUGUACGGCAGCGGUUCGGGUCAGGCGGGUCUGCAGGUGCCGGGGUAUCCCAGCAUGUUGUUGGGGCAAGCGGGUGGUGCUGUUGCAGCGGUGUACAACUACACGUCCAUGAGCAGCGGCGUAGGUGGUGGCGAACCCAAGCCGUACGAUCCGUUCGCCGCGCACAGCUCGUACGACAGCACGUACUCGAAUGUGUAUGGAGGAAUUUACGGCAUGGGGUCUGCGGUGGGUGCACCGGAUGGAUAUCCAGCAGGCGGCGGGGUUUCGGCAUUCGACGGCUGGAUGGAUGCACAUGCGGGCCCUGUACGGCCUCUUAUAAAUCCUUCAAAGUCCUAG